AUGUGUGUAUGCAAUAAAUCAAUAUAUUUGAUUGACUGAAAAUAUUUUUUGAAGAAAAAAAAGACAAGAGUGAUUAAAAAAAAAAUGACAUCGAUAAUUAAAUUGGAUUCAUCACCAUCACAACAUCGAAAACAAUAUAGUAAUAAUGCCAACAACAACAAUAAUACAUACCAUUCUUUAAAUCGAAAUUAUUAUGAAAAAUUUGAUUUAAAUGUUCAUCCUCCUCACCAUCAACAUUAUGUUGAUGGUGUUUCAACAUGGUCAAAUAAUCGUCGUAAUCAUCAUCAUCGUGAUCAUCAUCAUGGCCAUUCAUAUGAUGAUCAUGGUGGUUAUCAAAAAUCAUUAUAUUCCAUUUCAUCGAAACAAUCUGAUUCAUAUAAAGUUGCAUCACCGGAAUUAUCUGGGAAAAAUAAUAAUCAUCAACAGCAACGACGACCAAAAUCAUCAUCACCAUUAUCAACAUCGAAUCCAAUAAUGGAAACAACAACAACAUUAUCAUCAACAACAACAACAACAACAGCAAAUGAUGUUGAUCAUUAUUAUCCAAUAUCACAAUGUUUAAGUCAUAGUGAAUCAAAUUUAUCAAAUUCCAUUCAAUUAUCCAGCAAUAAUAAUAAUAAUAAUAAUAAUCGUUCCUGUAAUAAAUAUGGAUUUUUUAUUCAAAAUGAUUCAGACCGAAAUCAAGAUCAAGAUGAUGAUUAUGAAACACCAUCUAUACUAGAUUUAAAAAUGUUAAGAUUAAAAGAAAGAAAAUGGUUACAAAUGUUAAAUAAUUGGCGUUAUUAUAUUAAUUUUAAAUGGGAAAAAAUUCGUAAUCGUUGUCGAAAAGGUAUACCACAUUCGCUACGUUCACAAGCAUGGUUUCAUCUGUGUGGUGCACAUUUACAAAAAAAUCGUUUCCCAAAUCUUUAUGAAGAAUUAUUAAGAAAAAAUGUAUCAAAUGAUAUUUUGGAUGAUAUCUGUAAAGAUCUACAUCGACAAUUUCCUAAUCAUGAAAUGUUUGCCGAUCCAAAUGGAACUGGACAAACUGAUUUAUAUAAUGUAUUGAAAGCAUUUGCUGCUUAUCGACCAACAAUGGGUUAUUGUCAAGCACAAGCACCAAUUGCAGCCGUUUUUUUGAUGCAUAUGCCGGCUGAACGUGCAUUUUGGUGUUUGGUUGCAUUAAGUCGUUAUUAUAUUGGUGGUUAUUUUGAACAAAAUUUAAAAGAUAUUCGUAUACAUGGUCAAAUGUUUGUUACAUUUUUGAAAAAAUAUUCACCAUCAUCAUAUCAUCUAUUGAAACGACAAAAUAUUGAACCAGAAAUUUAUAUGACCGAAUGGUUUAUGUGUAUUUAUUCUCGGAGUUUACCAUGGCCAUCAGUUUUACGUGUAUGGGAUAUGUUUCUUUGUGAAGGUUUAACCAUUCUAUUCAAAGUUGGUCUUUAUCUAGUUGAUUCGACACUUAAAAAUGAAACAACAAAAACAUGUCCAACAAUGUUUGAAACAUGUCAAAAAUUACGAAAUAUUCCAAAAUCAUUAGUAACGGAAAAUUUAUUAAUAAAUGGUAUCAAACGAUUUGAAUUAAAAGAUUUAGAUCUACUUAAAGAACAUAAACAUCAGAUGAAAAAAUUACAAAAAUUAACGAAAAAACAACAACAACAACAGCAGCCAAAGUGAACCAAAAAAUUUUUUCAUUCAAUUUUUUUUAAUCUUCAAAAGCUAAAACAAAACUCAAUACCUGCAUUACCUUUUAUUACAUAACAUUUUGCUUGUGCUUACAUACGCUACUUAAAUACUUGUUUCGUUUUAAACUUUUUGU